UUAACUUGGUUUGGUAGCGACAGGACUGCUGUACCUACAGUUUCUGAAUAACAUGUCUCCUCGCUUAUUCUCUUGAAUCGAGGAGGGAGAAACUUGGGGGCCAUUCAUGGGGAUUCAUCAUUGAAAUCUCCAGCUGGGGUCUCCCUCCAUUCUCCAACUUUUAGCAAUACUCAAAUCUAAAACUCUUCUCACCGAUUUCACCUUCCCACGCUGCAUUUUCUAUCUUAAGCACCCUUUUUGUGUUUGAUCUCCGUGGAAACUCUUCAAGACCUUUAUUGAAUUGCUCUGCCUUUCUUCGUCCUAAGUUGGGGUUUGUCUCGCUCAAAAAAAUCAGGUGUUUCUCUGCUGGGUUGCAGCAUUACCAUUAUGUUAAAGCAAAUUCUUAGCAAAUUGCCUAAGAAGGUGCCAAAAUCUGACCCAUCAGAUACUUCACGGAGCGAUUCUGGCAAUGCUACGAGCUUUGGGAAUGUCUUUCAAUGUACAAAUGUUGGGACUGCCAUUUCAAGCAAAUUAAAUGUUGUGAAGCGGGUAUCUUCAGUGGUUUUCCCUGCAAGUAUGAGUGCUGGUGUGGAAGCAGCUGACCCCCAUCUUUCUUUCAAAGAUGUUUCAAAUGCACAGAAGCAAAACCUGUUCAUCAGUAAGUUGAAUUUUUGCUGCAGUCUUUAUGAUAUGAGUGAUCCUGAUAGGAACUGCUCAGAGGUAGAUCUUAAACGUCAAACACUCACAGAGCUCGUUGAUUUUGUUUCUUCUGGAUCUGCGAAGUUUACAGAACCAGCGAUAUCUGCCAUGUGUAAACUGUGUGCAAGUAAUUUGUUCAGGGUUUUCCCACCUAAGUUUCGCUCUAGUUCUACUGGUAGUGAAACAGCAGAUGAAGAACCAAUCUUUGAUCCUGCUUGGUCCCACCUGCAAAUUGUUUAUGACCUCCUCCUUCAAUUUAUCAAUUACCACCCUCUUGAUGUGAAAUUGGCAAAAAUGUACAUAGACCAUGCCUUCAUUUCGAGAUUACUUGACCUCUUUGAUUCUGAGGACCCUAGAGAAAGAGAGUCUUUGAAAGCAAUUCUGCAUAGGAUUUAUGGGAAAUUUUUGGCACACAGGCUUUUUAUUCGGAAAUCAGUUAGCAACAUCAUCUACCGGUUUGUUUUUGAGACUGAACAUCAUAAUGGAAUUGCUGAGCUGUUGGAGAUAUUUGGGAGCAUAAUUAGUGGAUUUGCCUUGCCAUUGAAGGAGGAGCACAGGACGUUUCUGUGGAGGGUUUUAAUUCCCCUGCACAAACCCAAGUCCUUGGGUAUUUAUCAUCAGCAAUUAACCUAUUGCGUUGUACAGUUCAUAGAUAAGGAUCCAAAACUGGCUAGCACUGCGAUAAAGGGACUAUUGAAGUACUGGCCAGUGACAAAUAGUCAAAAGGAGUUGAUGUUCUUGAGCGAAUUGGAAGAGGUGUUGGAAAUGACCAGCAUGGUGGAAUUCCAGAAGAUUAUGGUCCCGCUUUUUAGGCGCAUAGGUGGUUGCCUUAACAGUUCCCAUUAUCAGGUGGCUGAACGCUCCCAUUUGCUAUGGAACAAUGAACACAUCCUUAAUCUUAUCACGCAAAACCGACAUGCCAUUCUACCUCUCAUCUUCGCAGCUCUUGUACAUAAUACCCAAAGCCACUGGAAUCAAGCAGUACUCAACCUGACUAAGAACAUCAUGAAGAUUAUCUCUCAGAUGGAUGAGGAUCUGGUACUUGCCUGCCAACAUAACUUGGAGGAGGAAGAUUUGAAGUCGAGUGCUGAAACUGAGAGGCGAAGAAUAACAUGGGAACGCCUGGAAGCUGCAGCCAAUGUUCACCCUGUAGUUGGUGACACUUUAGUUCCAGUAAAAUCUGCUGCAUGCUCUGUGGCCUGCUAGUUGCUUGAAUCCAUCACAGUGAGAAAACAAAUAACCAUCCAUAGAUGUGAGGGUUCAAAUGAUAUAGUGAUGUGGUUUUUCUUUUCAGUUUCACCUAGUCUUUAAGAUGCCAAUAGGGUUCAUAAAUCCUCUAGCAUGGAUUCAAAUUGUGCUCAGCACUUUAGAGUCUGCUUAGGUUCUUCCACAAAUUGCUGAGUGGGUAAUUCAUUUUUUUGGCAAUUAUUUGCAGUGUCAGUACCUGUAACUAUAUCUCUUUGGCCCUCUUUAUGUCCCACACCCACCUUAGCCCUGGCCUUUGCUCAAUUUAGCUUCAAACUCUUUGAAAUUCCAAAUGAAAUUGGAUUGCAUGUAUGUUUAUCCCUUGUA